CUUAAAGCUAGUUGCCAGCAGCCAUGAAGUAAAUUAUCUACAGGGCAGCUAAAGUGUCACACUCGACAGGAAUAUGCUUUGGACAAUAUUUUUAUUUUUCAAUGGACUCUUUAUCAUAACUUAUCUUUACUCCUCUCGUAAAAGACGAAAAAAUGAGCCCCCUCUUGACAAAGGAUUCCUCCCAUGGUUGGGACACGCUUUUGAGUUUGGAAAAGACGCCUCAAAGUUUUUGGCCCGUAUGAAAGAAAAACAUGGCGAUAUCUUUACAGUUUGUGUUGCUGGUCACUACAUAACCGUGCUGUUGGACCCAAACUCCUUCGACAGCGUGCUGAGUGACACAGUCCGCCUGGACUUUACCCCCAUCAGAGAAAAGCUCAUCCAAAGGAUCUUCAAUGUACAGCUGCCAACCGUCAAGCCUCUAUCAGAGAGAAAAUGGAUGGAACGGCAUUUUCAAGGUGUCAGUCUCAGGAAGCUCAGCAGCUCAAUGAAUGCCCACCUUCGCAGCCUGCUUUUGAAUGACCACAAAGGACGAAGUCCUUCAGAGUGGGCACAGGACGGCCUCUUUAGCCUCUGCUAUAGUCUUCUUUUCAGGGCUGGCUAUCUAACUUUGUUUGAGAGGACAGAAAAUGCGCCGACAGUCUACCACGAGUUUAGAAAAUUUGAUGAACUUCUUACCAAAUUGGCUCGCGGUAUCCUAAAGCGAGAGGAGAGGAAGAUUGCCUACACAUCCCGGGAACAGCUUUGGGAGCUGCUGUCGCCAAACUUGCUGAACGGAAAUUCUACUUCCUGGCAGCAUAGCUACCAUCACUUUCUGCAGGAGGAGGGAAUAGAUGCAGACAUGCAGAACAAAGCUCUACUUUUACAGCUUUGGACCACACAGUGCAAUGCUGGACCUGCUGCCUUUUGGGUCCUUGGCUUCCUGCUCACUCACCCCGAGGCGAUGGAGGCUGUUCAGUCAGAGAUCAGAGUUCUCUCCACUCUCCAGGAUACUUCCCUGCAGUGGCCCUCAAUGAACCUGCUGGAAGCAAGCAGCACACCUGUGUUUGACAGCGUUUUGAAUGAGACCCUACGCCUCACUGCUGCUGUCAUGAUCAAUAGGGAAGUGGUGCAAGACAAGAUCCUCAGCACAGCUGAUGGACAAGAGUACCUCCUCAGACGUGGGGACAGAGUGUGUCUGUUUCCCUUCCUGAGUCCUCAAAUGGACCCACAGAUACACCAUACCCCACAGAUUUUCAAAUAUGACCGCUUUCUAAAUGAAGACAAAACAGUGAAGGAUACUUUCUACAAAGGUGGAAAAAGACUGAAGUAUUACACCAUGCCAUGGGGUGCAGGAAGGAACAGCUGUGUGGGGAAAGAGUUUGCUGUGACCACUCUUAAACAAUUUGUGUUCUUUUUCUUGACCCAUUUUGAUCUGGAACUGUGCAACCCCGAAGCUAAACUUCCGCCGGCUAAUCCCAGUCGCUACGGCUUCGGGAUGCUUCAGCCAAAUGAAGAUUUGAUGGUCAGGUUCAGACUGAAGAGGACAUACCAUGAAAUGUGAAAUGUUGAAACAUUAUUCAAUGUGUUGUUUGACUAGUUAUUUUGUGAAAUGUAGUGUAGAGCUAUUUAUUCUAUUUUAACUUUAAUUUGUUUUCGUAAGAAAAAAAACAUAUUCAAGCGUGUGUUCUGUGUGUUUUUUUAAAAGCAAAAAUAAAAACAAAGUCAAAUUUGUGUUUGGAAUUGUUUGGUACAGAGUCAUCUCCACAAAGAGAAAAAAUAUAUACAACUAUAUACAUUUUUAUAUAUUUACUUAUUGAUUCAUUCUUUACUCAUUGCUUUUUC